AUGGCACCCACCGGAUGGGUACCUAUUCAACCGCAAGGCGACGCAAGUCGUCUUCUUACAGUGACACUCGUCCUGUCAGCCUUGUGUAUCAUUGUUAUCGCGCUGCGCGUGUGGUGUCGCAUCACGACACGUAACUUCGGGACUGAGGACUGGCUGAUGUGCACUGGCUUUAUCAUCAACAUGGUACAUAAUGCUGUCGUUUCGUAUGGAACAUUCACCGGAAUUGGUACACCUGAUUCGCAGAUUCCUGGUGGGAAAACUGGCCCGACCUACAUGGAAGGAAUGAAGGCCGUCACACUCUGGCAGAUGUUCUACAUGAGCAGCUCUGUUUUCAUUAAGACCAGCAUUUGUGCAACUCUCCUCAGGCUCUCGGUCCAGAGGAAAUUCAACUACAUCCUGUGGGGCAUUAUUGUCGUUACCAUUCUCACAACCUUCGUCACGCUUAUCAGUGUAUGGAUCCAAUGUCGACCAUUGGCAGCAUCAUGGGGCGAGGUACCGGGUACCUGCAUGGAUAUCAACGUGCUCAUUACGUUGACAUAUGUGGUCUCCGCGCUCAACAUUGCUACGGACUGGUCUGUGGCGCUGUUGCCGAUUGCAAUUCUUUGGAAGUUACAAAUGGCCCGCAAAGUCAAGAUUGCAGUUGGUUUUGUCAUGGGCCUCGGUGUAUUCUCAUCGGUGGCUACCAUCGUGAGGUGGCAAUACUCGUCAGCGUACACGGCCCCCGUGGACUAUCUCGUUGGACUUGGUAAUCUCAUCCAAUGGACGGUCAUCGAAUGCGACGUGGCCAUCAUCGCAGGGUCACUACCAAUGCUGCGCCGUCUCGUCAAAAGCCUUCGAAAAGACGAUUCUCAGAAGAAGUCAGGUGGAUCGACAGAACUGGUGACCAUCGGAAGGUUAGGAAGAAAGAAAGGGCCUGUAUACGAUACGAUUCACGAGUCGGACAACUUGGAAUACUUCAACGACAAAACGAACGAGAGUACACGAAAUAUUGUUGUGCCUACGAGGAGUAGGCAGUCAUAA